UGGAGUUGACCCAGUCUCAUUCGUCUCGCCCGCCCCCGGUUUCCGUUUCCGGUUCCAUCCCGAGUUCCGCCUCCGGUCUCUCCUCCGCCGGCGCAGGAUGGCGGCGGCCGCGGGCACAGCGAGGCAGGAGGGCGCGGCGCCCAGGGUGGGGCUGCUGUACGACCAGAGGAUGCUGGCGCACGCGCCUGCCUUGAAGAAAGAAAAGGAGACCCCCGAGCGGCUACGCGCCAUCUGGCGCAAGCUCGCCGCCGAGGGCGUCACCUCUAGGUGUGUGGGCAUGAGGGCGAAGGAAGCCAAGGAAAAAUAUAUAGCCUCUGUCCAUGCCCGGAAGCAUGUAGAUCUGAUAAGGAAAAUCAGCUCGAAGGAUAGUUCCGAUCUGAAAAAGACUGCUAAGAAAUUCGAUUCCGUUUACUUCAGCAAAGGCUCCUCAGAGUCUGCUUUCCUUGCGGCUGGUUCUGUCAUCGAGGUUGCUGAGAAGGUUGCGGCUGGUGAGCUGAGUUCUGCUAUCGCUCUAGUCAGACCUCCAGGCCACCAUGCCGAACAUAGCCAUCCCAUGGGAUAUUGCCUCUUCAACAAUGUGGCAAUUGCAGCUAACUACCUGUUAAAUGAAAGGCCUGACCUAGGUAUCAACAAGAUAUUAAUCGUCGAUUGGGAUGUUCAUCAUGGAAAUGGCACGCAGAACAUGUUUUAUAAUGACCCUCGUGUAUUGUUCUUUUCAGUGCACAGAUAUGGUUAUGGAAGCUUCUACCCUUAUGAAGCGGAUGCAUCACACGUUUUCAUUGGGGAUGAAACUGGUCGAGGGUACAACAUUAAUGUGCCCUGGGAGCAUGCGAAAUGCGGUGAUGCAGAUUAUGUUGCUGCAUGGGACCAUGUACUCCUUCCUGUUGCAGAAGCAUUUGAUCCAGAUAUAAUAUUACUGUCUGCUGGGUUUGACGCAGCACUGGGUGAUGAUAUGGGUGAUUGCUGCAUCACUCCAAAUGGAUAUGCACUGCUACUAACAAAGCUGUUAGGUUUUGCAAAAGGAAGGAUUGUGAUGGCCCUUGAAGGAGGUUAUAACCCUGAGUCCAUAGCAAACUCAGUUUGUGCUUGCGCAAAAGUAUUGUUGGGAGAUAAAUUCACACUUAACUCUCCAGAGAUGCAACCAUUCGAAUCUACAUGGAGAGUCAUACAAAUGGUACGCGAUGAAUUAAAGACAUACUGGCCUGUUUUGAGCAGUAAGCUUCCGGAGAACGUAUCUUUGAGGAGUACGCCCUCAUAUAUCCAGCCAUGCACUUCCUCUGGUUCUGAAUCUGAUGUUUUUAGUACGAUAUGCUUGGAGAUCCGCAUUGUCAAAAGUUCAAUAUUUGGUAUGCCAGCUUUGGUUCAAACAUGUGGAAACCAAGAUUCUUGUGCUACAUCGAAGGGGGUAAGGCUUGAGCAGUUCAAUGACACGUUUCAAGAGAACUGUUUAGUGAAGGAUAUCGGCGAAGAUGGAAAAAUCAAGUCUCCUGGCUCUCCUUUGAUUCGCUUGUCUGAAAUAGACUCUGCCUCUUCACAAAAAACUCUUCAUCUUGAACCUAUUAAGGAUAUCUGGUACUCCACGUGUAAAACCAAUGUACUCUUAUCUUGAGAGGAGGAUGACGUCCAAUUUUAACUAUGACGUAAGCUCCAGUGUUCACUUGGUAAAGAAAUUUCUUGUGGAUACUAUCCAAAGCACUACUUGAAGGGAAGCAGUAAGAACACAGAUGAAAUAUGUCUUUUGGUGGAUGGUGUGAA